CUCUGCUCGGGCACGGGGCGGGCACUGGCGGAGGGGCUGGCCCGUCCCCUCCCCGCGCCGGCUCCAGCCCCGCCGCCGCGGCGCUCCGAGCCCCCAUUCCCGCGCCGCCGCUCUCGCCGCUCGCUCGGUGCCACCCUCCCGGCCGCCCUCUCCACGGGACGAUGGCGCGCGGUGGCCGCGCCCGCCGCCUGGGGCUCGCCCUGGGGCUGCUGCUGCUGGUGCUGGCGCCGCGGGCGCUGUGGGCCAAGCCCACGGUGCGCAAGGAGCGCGUGGUGCGGCCCGACUCGGAGCUGGGCGAGCGGCCGCCCGAGGACAACCAGAGCUUCCAGUACGACCACGAGGCCUUCCUGGGCAAGGAGGACUCCAAGACCUUCGAUCAGCUCACCCCGGACGAGAGCAAGGAGAGGCUGGGCAAGAUUGUUGAUCGAAUUGACAAUAAUGGGGAUGGCUUUGUCACCACUGAGGAGCUAAAAACCUGGAUCAAACGGGUGCAGAAAAGAUACAUCUACGACAAUGUCGCUAAAGUCUGGAAGGAUUAUGAUAGGGACAAAGAUGAGAAAAUUUCCUGGGAAGAAUACAAACAAGCCACCUAUGGUUACUACCUAGGAAACCCCGCAGAGUUGCAUGAUUCUCCAGAUCAUCAAACCUUUAAAAAGAUGCUGCCACGUGACGAGAGAAGGUUCAAGGCUGCGGACCAGGAUGGUGACCUGACAGCCACUCGGGAGGAGUUCACUGCCUUUCUGCACCCUGAGGAGUUUGAGCAUAUGAAGGAAAUUGUGGUUUUGGAAACUCUGGAGGACAUUGACAAGAACGGGGAUGGGUUUGUGGAUCAGGAUGAGUAUAUUGCGGAUAUGUUUUCCCACGAGGAGAACGGCCCUGAGCCGGACUGGGUUGUGUCAGAACGGGAGCAGUUUAACGAAUUCCGGGAUCUGAACAAGGACGGGAAGUUGGACAAAGAUGAGAUUCGCCACUGGAUCCUCCCUCAAGAUUAUGACCACGCACAGGCGGAGGCCAGGCACCUGGUGUAUGAGUCAGACAAAGACAAGGAUGAGAAGCUAACUAAAGAGGAGAUCUUGGAGAACUGGAACAUGUUUGUUGGAAGCCAAGCUACCAAUUAUGGGGAAGAUCUCACAAAAAAUCAUGAUGAACUUUGAUAGACACUCUCCAUAACAUGGCAGACUGUCAUAGGCUUUCCUUUAUUGUCUUGGGUGGUUGCUAUAAUUGUCUAAUUUACAGCAGUUGUGUUCUCCAAAAAGCAAGUUUAUACCUCAGAUUGGGGUAUAAAAGUUGUUUUUCACUCAAGUGUUUACUGGGAAAUUGUCAUCACUAUUCUUUCAGUAAGAUUUCUCUCAAAACACAUUAAAAUCUUGGUAGAUUGCAGUUCUCUGUGGGGAAACAUUUUUACAACAUGACUUUUUAAGUUUUUUUCCAUUAAAGUAAAGGAGGAUAAAACUUGAAAAAGCUCUGUUGUUCAGAAGUUGGGUGGGUUGGGGGACAGUAUACGAAUGACUGCUAUGUAUUUUAACUACCGGAUUUUUUAUAUUUGCCACUGUUAAAUAGUUGGUAAGGGAAAGUUCUGAUUGAGCUAAAGCGUUAGCCUAGCAGCUUAUUUCAGAGCAAGUCUGAUAUUUCAGAUUCUUCCUUCUUGACUUCAUACUCUGAGCUGUUACUGUGCGUUUUUCCGUAUGGACCUGCUAAUGUGCACAAUAAAUCCACAUCUUUGUUUUUUUUU